CUCCCUCUUCUAUUGUAAUAAUGGUUCAUACCAAAGAUAGAGUAACUUUGGAGUAACUUUGUGAGUCAGGCAUCAACUCUGGAGGAAAUGGAUGGGUGAUAUUUCAGGUCGGGACCCUUCUUCAGAGUCUGAAGUCACAAAACCCUGAAGGAGGGCCAUGAUCCUGAAACGCCACCUAUCCACAUUCUCGGGAGAUGCUACCCGGCCCGCUGAGUUACUCCGGCACUUUGUGUCUAUCAUGUUCCAAAUUUUUCCACUGCUUGAAUUUGUCUUUCAGAUACCUGGGAAUAACACGGCCACUGACAUACCCAGUGAGGCAAAAUGGGAGGUCCAUGGCCAGAAUGGUGAUGACUGUUUGGCUCCUGUCCGCGUCCAUAACCCUACCGCCAUUGUUUGGUUGGGCCAAGAAUGUCACGGCGGACCGGGUGUGCCUCAUUAGCCAAGACUUUGGUUACACCGUCUACUCCACGGGAGUGGCCUUCUAUAUCCCCAUGACUGUCAUGUUGAUUAUGUACUACCGGAUAUACAAAGCUGCGAAGGUGAGCGCGGAGAAGCACAAGUUCAUGGGCAUCCCCCGGCAGUACGAGCAGGAUGGUGUCUACAACAUGGAGGAGGAUGCCCGCGCCCACCGUGCCACCAAGCGGUCCAAGGCAGUGGAGGAGUGCGCCAUCUUGUCCAAGCUCCUCAAGCACGACCGCAAGAACAUCUCCAUCUUCAAAAGGGAGCAGAAGGCAGCGAGGACCCUGGGGAUCAUCGUGGGGGCCUUCACCUUCUGCUGGCUGCCCUUCUUCCUGCUGUCUGCCGCUCGCCCCUUCAUCUGCGGCAUCGAGUGCAGCUGCAUGCCCCUGCGCUUGGAGAGAACGUUGCUGUGGCUGGGCUACACCAACUCCCUCAUCAACCCGCUCAUCUACGCCUUCUUCAACCGCGACCUGAGGACUACUUUCUGGAACCUGCUGCGCUGCAAGUACAGGAACAUCAACAGGAGGCUGUCAGCCGCCAGCAUGCACGAGGCGCUCAAGGCCACCGAGAGACACGACUGCAUUUUGUAACCGCAGCCGCUGCUCCCCCUCCCUACGAGGAAGCGAGAAGCCAACCGAAAGCGGUAAUGACAAGAAGCAGCACUGCAACUACAGGGGACCAUGGUGUCAGAGGAGAAUGAGGUUGAGAGGGAGAGAGAGAUCUGCCAUGACUGAAUGGCAGAGUAGGCUCGAUGGGCCGAAUGGCCCAAUUCUGCUCCUAUCACAUGAACUUGUGAGAUCAGCCAUGAUUGCAUGGCGGAGUAGACUCGAGGGGCCGAAUGGCCUAAUUCUGCUGUGGGAACUUAUGAUUUCACAAAAUGUCUGAUCUCGUGUCGAUGCAGACAAAUACAUAUUAUAACUCCGGUUAUUCUCGUCAGCGAUCCAGCCGUGAAGAGCGACACAUUAUAUUUACUUUCAAACUGAUCGAUCAAAAAAUAAAAAUGGACAGACAAUAGAGCAAACCAUCAUUACAUCCAGUAGCAUCCACAGGAGAUGAGGAGAAAAAUGUGGAAGGAAAUCAGAGGAUGCUUGGACAGGUACACGGAUAGGAAAAGGUUCAGAGGGGAAUGGGCCAAACUCGGGAAGGUGGUACGAGCCUAUAUGGGGCAUCUUGGUCGGUGUGGGCAAGUUGGGCUGAAGGGCCUGUUGCAACUCCAUGGCAAGCAAGUUUCUGGAGGAGAUCUGAUCGGGUGAAGACGAUGAAUUUGGGAAUGAUCAAGAGGAUCGACCGAUCCUGCUGCGGCAGGAAUUCCCAGGCAAAACAGAAGGAAAUGGCCAUCACUGCCGUCAAAUGGGCUACACAAUGACUUUGACAGAAAAUCAGACUGAAUUACAUGGAGAAAUAUAUGGAGCAUAAACUGAAAUUGAAAAGAAGAAAAAAAAAAACGAGGACCGAGUCGGUCGAUUUAUAUUUGUAAUAUCCGAAAAUAUGAAACCAGGAUGCCUUCUUGUAAGGAAAUGUCGAUUUAUUUGCGAAAAAGCAAUCACAGCUGCAGAAGAAAGAAAUUUGCCUUAUGGACUUAUUGACUGUAUUUGAAGAAGUUACUGCUUAGGCUUGGGGCACAGUUGAAAAUUUGCAGUAUUAAAAUUCUACUUUUGUUUUGACAUUAACCAUCACAAGGAUGAUUGUCACGGUGCUGGAGUAACUCAACGGGACAGGCAGCACCUCUGGAGAGAAGUAACGGGUGAUGUUUCGGGUCGAGCUCUUUCUCACGUCACCCAUUCCUUCUCUCCAGAGAUGCUGCCAGUCCCGCUGAGUUACUCCAGCGUUUUGUGUCCAACAUUGGUUGAAACCAGCAUCUGUAAUUCCUUCCCAUGCAAGGACGAAUGUAUCAGGAUGAUGGAUAUCUUGCUCUUCGUUUUAACCCUUGGACACAAGGGUUUGGAGAACCCAAGAGGAUGGUCCAUGCUAAAUCUAGGCUGAAGCUUUGGCUGCCAUUAUAAGUAAACCUCAAAGCUACACAGGAGCACAGAUUCCGAAAUCCAUUCCAGCAUAAUUGGAAGAAAGAAAGACGAGCAUUUAACUUGCACCUUUCCUCACCUCAGGAUGUCCCAAAGCGCAUUAUAACCGAUUAAGUGUAAUUAUUGUUGAAAUGUAGUAAAUCAACCGUUAAUUUGUGAACAGGCAAAAAUGUGAUCAAAGUCUGGAUAGUUUACUGGUUAUUGUCUGAUACAUAAAUAUUGAACAGAAAACUAGAAAUGACUCUGCGGCAUUUUCUUUCUAAAAGUGUUGAGGAAAAGGGGUUGUAGGUGGGGGAGAAUGACAUUUGUUCUUGGCCACUUGCAGUAUAGUGAGUGACCAUGUACCAAACAAAAAGGACGCAGAGUGCUGGGGUAACUGAGCGGGUCAGGCAGCUUCACUGGAGAACCAUAAUAGGUGACGUUUCUGAUCGGGAAAAAGGUUCCAAAAUUCCCAGCACAUUAACACGACCCUACACACACUGGGGACAAUUGACCAUUUUACCAAGUCGAUUAACCUGCAAACCUGUGCUUCUUUGGAGUGCGGGAGGAAGCCGGAGAUCCCGGAGAAAACCCACACCGGUCAUGGGGAGAACAUGAAAACUCCAUACAGACAGAACCCGUAGACAUGAUCGAACCAGGUCUAUGGCGCUGCGAGGUAGCAACUCUACUACUGCACCAUCACGCCACCCUUUGUGUAGUGCCAUUGUGGCACCAUAUCUGAGGAAGGAUGUGCUGGCUCUGGAUGGGGUCCAGAGGAGGUUUACAAGAAUGAUCCCAGGAAUGAGUGGGUUAACAUAUGAUGAGCGUUUGAUGGCACUGGCCCUGUUCUAGCUGGAGUUUCAAAGUAUGAGGGUGGGACUACAUUGAAAUAUACAGAAUGAUGAAAGGCUGGGAUAGAGUGGAUGUGGGGUGCAUGUUUGCACUAGUGGGAGAGUCUAGGACUGAAUGUCUCAGAAUUAUAGGAUGUUCCUUUAGAAAGGCGAUGAGGAGGAAAAUACUUUAUUCAGAGGGUGAUGAAUCUGUGGAAUUCUUUGUUACAGAAGGCUGUGGGGCCUACUCAGUGGAUGUAUUUAAGGCAGAGACAGUUAGAUUCUUGAUUAGUACUGUGUCAGAGGUUAUGGGGAAAAUGGGAUUAGGAUGGAGAGAUAUAUUAGCUAGGAUUGAAUGGCGGAGUAGACUUGAUGGGCUGAAUGGCCAAAUUCUGCUCCUAUCUCUUAUUAACGUGCGAUCUCCGUGAUUGAAUGGCAGAGUAGACUUGAUGGGCCGAAUGGCCUUGUUCUGCUCUGGGAAUUUAUGAUUUCACAAAAUGCCUGAUCUCGUGUUGAUGCAGACAAAUACAUAUUGUAACUCUGGUUAUUGUGGUCAGCGAUCCAGCCGUGAAGAGCGACACAUUGUAUUUACUUUACAAACUGAUCGAUCAAUAAAUGUAAAUGGACAGACAAUAGAGAAAACCAUCAUUACAUCCAGUAGCAUCCACAGGAGAAGAGGAAAAGAAUGUGGAAAGAUAUCGGAGGAUGUUUGGACAGGUAUACGGAUAGGAAAAGGUUCGGAGGGGAAUGGGCCAAACACGGGCAGGUGGUACGAGCGUACAUGGGUCAUCUUGGUCGGUGUGGGCAAGUUGGGCUGAAGGGCCUGUUACCGUUCUGUACAACUCCAUGACAAGCAAGUUUCUGGAGGAGAUAUGGUCGGGUGAAGACGAUGAAUAUGGGAAUGAUCAAGAGGAUCGACCAAUCCUGCUGCGGCAGGAAUUCCCAGGCAAAACGGAAGGAAAUGGCCAUCACUGCCGUCAAACGGGUUAUACAUUGACUUUGAAAGAAAAUCAGACUGAAUUAUAUGGAGAAAUAUAUGGAGCGUAAACUGAAAUUGAAAAGAUGAAGAAAAAACCGAGGACCAAGUCGGUCGAUUUAUAUUUGUAAUAUCCGAAAAUAUGAAACCAGGAUGCCUUGUUGUAAGGAAAUGUUGAUUUAUUUGCGAAAAAGCAAUCACAGCUGCAGAAGAAAGAAAUUUGCCUUAUGGACUUAUUGACUGUAUUUGAAGAAGUUACUGCUUAGGCUUGGGGCACAGUUGAAAAUUUGCAGAAUUAAAAUUCUACUUUUGUUUUGACAUUAACCAUCACAAGGAUGAUUGUCACGGUGCUGGAGUAACUCAACGGGACAGGUAGCACCUCUGGAGAGAAGGAACGGGUGAUGUUUCGGGUCGAGCUCUUUCUCACGUCACCCAUUUCUUCUCUCCAGAGAUGCUGCCAGUCCCGCUGAGUUACUCCAGCGUUUUGUGUCCAACAUUGGUUGAAACCAGCAUCUGUAAUUUCUUCCCAUGCAAGGACGAAUGUAUCAGGAUGAUGGAUAUCUUGCUCUUCGUUUUAACCCUUGGACACAAGGGUUUGGAGAACCCAAGAGGAUGGUCCAUGCUAAAUCUAGGCUGAAGCUUUGGCUGCCAUUAUAAGUAAACCUCAAAGCUACACAGGAGCACAGAUUCCGAAAUCCAUUCCAGCGUAAUUGGAAGAAAGAAAGACGAGCAUUUAACUUGCACCUUUCCUCACCUCAGGAUGUCCCAAAGCGCAUUAUAACCGAUUAAGUGUAAUUAUUGUUGAAAUGUAGUAAAUCAACCGUUAAUUUGUGAACAGGCAAAAAUGUGAUCAAAGUCUGGAUAGUUUACUGGUUAUUGUCUGAUACAUAAAUAUUGAACAGAAAACUAGAAACGACUGCUGCUUUUUCUUUCUAAAAGUGUUGAGGAAAAGGGGAUGUAGGUGGGAGAGAAUGACAUUUGUUCUUGGCCACUUGCAGUAUAGUGAGUGACCAUGUACCAAACAAAAAGGACGCAGAGUGCUGGGGUAACUCAGCGGGCCAGGCAGCUUCACUGGAGAACCAUAAUAGGUGACGUUUCUGAUCGGGAAAAAGGUUCCAAAAUUCCCAGCACAUUAACACGACCCUACACACACUGGGGACAAUUGACCAUUUUACCAAGUCGAUUAACCUGCAAACCUGUGCUUCUUUGGAGUGCGGGAGGAAGCCGGAGAUCCCGGAGAAAACCCACACAGGUCACGGGGAGAACAUGAAAACUCCGUACAGACAGAACCCGUAGACAUGAUCGAACCAGGUCUAUGGCGCUGCGAGGUAGCAACUCUACUACUGCACCAUCACACCACCCUUUGUGUAGUGCCAUUGUGGCACCAUAUCUGAGGAAGAAUGUGCUGGCUCUGGAUGGGGUCCAGAGGAGGUUUACAAGAAUGAUCCAGGAAUGAGUGGGUUAACAUAUGAUGAGCGUUUGAUGGCACUGGCCCUGUUCUAGCUGGAAUUUCAAAGAAUGAGGGGUGGGACUACAUUAAAAUAUACAGAAUGAUGAAAGGCUUGGAUAUAGUGGAUGUGGGGUGUAUGUUUGCACUAGUGGGAGAGUCUAGGUCUGGAUGUCUCCGAAUUAUAGGAUGUUCCUUUAGAAAGGAGAUGAGGAGGAAUUUCUUUAUUCAGAGGGUGAUGAAUCUGUGGAAUUCUUUGCCACAGAAGGCUGUGGGGCCUAGUCAGUGGAUGUAUUUAAGGCAGAGACAGUUAGAUUCCUGAUUAGUACUGUGUCAGAGGUUAUGGGGAAAAUGGGAUUAGGAGGGAGAGAUAGAUUAGCUAGGAUUGAAUGACGGAUUAGACAUGAUGGGCCGAAUGGCCAAAUUCUGCUCCUAUCUCUUAUGAACGUGCGAUCUGCGUGAUGUUAUGGCAGAGUAGACUCGAUGGGCCGAAUGGCCUUGUUCUGCUCUGGGAAUUUAUGAUUUCACAAAAUGUCUGAUCUCGUGUCGAUGCAGACAAAUGCAUGUUGUAACUCCGGUAAUUCUGGUCAGCGAUCCAGCCGUGAAGAGCGACACAUUCUAUUUACUUUACAAACUGAUCGAUCAAACCAAAAAUUAAAAUGGACAGACAAGAGAGCAAACCAUCAUUACAUCCAGUAGCAUCCACAGGAGAAGAGGGAAAGAAUGUGGAAAGAUAUCGGAGGAUGUUUGGACAGGUAAACGGAUAGGAAAAGGUUCGGAGGGGAAUGGGCUAAACACGGGCAGGUGGUACGAGUGUACAUGGGGCAUCUUGGUCGGUGUGGGCAAGUUGGGCUGAAGGGCCUGUUACCGUUCUGUACAACUCCAUGACAAGCAAGUUUCUGGAGGAGAUAUGGUCGGGUGAAGACGAUGAAUAUGGGAAUGAUCAAGACGAUCGACUAAUCCUUCUGCGGCAGGAAUUCCCAGGCAAAACGGAAGGAAAUGGCCAUCACUGCCGUCAAACGGGUUAUACAUUGACUUUGACAGAAAAUCAGACUGAAUUACAUGGAGAAAUAUAUGGAACGUAAACUGAAAUUGAAAAGAUAAAGUAAAAUCCGAGGACCAAGUCGGUCGAUUUAUAUUUGUAAUAUCCGAAAAUAUGAAACCAGGAUGCCUUGUUGUAAGGAAAUGUCGAUUUAUAUGCGAAAAAGUAAUCACAGCUGCAGAAAAAAGAAACUUGCCUUAUGGACUU